CGCCCGGCCCUCCGUGGAGGCCCGGCCGCGACCCGGGCCGCGCGCGCUGAGGAGCUCCUCGGUUCUUCCCGCGGCCGCUUCUCCUAGUCUCGGCUUUCAGCAUCGUCGCUCCCGCCGGCUCCGGGCUCGCCGGCUGGCGGGGAGUGACCUCAAGAUGGACGAAGGCGGCGGCGGUGAGGGCGGCAGCGUGCCUGAAGACCUGUCAUUAGAAGAGAGAGAAGAACUUUUGGACAUCCGCCGAAGAAAAAAGGAACUUAUUGAUGACAUUGAGAGGCUGAAAUAUGAAAUUGCAGAAGUGAUGACAGAGAUUGAUAACCUAACUUCCGUGGAGGAGAGCAAAACUACUCAGAGGAACAAGCAAAUAGCCAUGGGAAGAAAGAAAUUCAACAUGGAUCCCAAAAAGGGCAUUCAGUUCCUAAUUGAGAACGACCUGCUGCAGAGCUCCCCAGAGGAUGUCGCCCAGUUUCUGUAUAAAGGAGAGGGCCUGAACAAGACUGUCAUCGGAGACUACCUGGGGGAGAGGGAUGACUUUAAUAUCAAAGUUCUUCAGGCUUUUGUUGAGCUGCAUGAGUUUGCUGAUCUCAACCUUGUCCAGGCCUUAAGGCAGUUCCUAUGGAGCUUCAGACUUCCUGGAGAGGCGCAGAAGAUCGACCGCAUGAUGGAGGCCUUCGCCUCACGAUACUGCCUGUGCAACCCCGGGGUCUUCCAGUCCACAGACACGUGCUAUGUGCUGUCCUUUGCCAUCAUCAUGCUCAACACCAGCCUGCACAACCACAAUGUGCGAGACAAGCCCACUGCCGAGCGCUUCAUCACCAUGAACCGUGGCAUCAACGAGGGCGGGGACCUUCCUGAGGAGCUGCUGAGGAACUUAUAUGAAAGUAUCAAGAACGAGCCGUUUAAGAUCCCAGAGGAUGAUGGGAAUGAUCUGACACACACGUUCUUCAACCCAGACCGGGAAGGCUGGCUGCUGAAGCUGGGGGGGCGUGUGAAGACCUGGAAACGGCGCUGGUUCAUCCUCACAGAUAACUGCCUCUACUACUUUGAGUACACCACGGACAAGGAGCCCAGGGGGAUCAUCCCGCUGGAGAACCUCAGCAUCAGGGAGGUGGAAGACCCUCGGAAACCGAACUGCUUUGAGCUGUACAACCCGAGUCACAAAGGGCAGGUCAUCAAAGCCUGCAAGACAGAGGCUGAUGGCCGUGUGGUAGAGGGGAACCAUGUUGUGUACCGGAUCUCUGCCCCUAGCCCUGAGGAGAAGGAGGAGUGGAUGAAGUCCAUCAGAGCAAGCAUCAGCAGGGACCCGUUCUAUGACAUGUUGGCCACGAGGAAAAGGAGGAUUGCCAAUAAGAAAUAGGUAAAUGCCAAGACCCAGACUCCACAGCAGACACACCAGCCACUCACAAGUGGCAGGACGAGGAGGCAGUAUGGUGCCUGAAUCCUCCAGAGCAGACAGGCAAGUCUGUGUUCAGGGACACUGGUCGGCUGUGAACGUUUUCCUCCUGCCACUGUCCUGGCGUUGACCUCUGGGGGACCCUUGUCCACAACAGCACCUGGUGGUACAGCCUCCCUCUGGAUCUGCACAGCCACAUGGGACUCUGGAGCCAGAGCCUCUUCCACACCAUGCCAGACCUGCCCUUUGGGGCAGCACUUAGCUCUUCUAGAAGUCGCUGUUUUAUAUCAAAAUGGGAAAGGAAAACCUACCACUUUUUUAUUCAGAAUUUUUCUCAGAUAUAUAGGAUUAUAGCUUUUAUAUGCCUUUUUAUAUUCUGAAAAUUAUAAUGAAAGAUACUUAAUUUCUAACAGUAGUAUUUUUAGAAUGGCAGCUAUAAACUUAACUCCUGGACACAAAUAUAUCCUGUGCACUGGAAACAGCCUAUAUGCAGCCCCCAUGCACUUGGGUGGGAGCAGGUGUGGCACAGGCAGCCACUGUGGGUGAAGCAGCCCUGGGGUGACCAUGAGGAUCAGUGUGCUUGGGAGACUCCAGGUGUGGCAACGGCCACUUCCUCCCACAUGCUUCUCUGAGAUGACUGGUUCCGGCUGUUAUCCUGCCAGAGUGCCGAGGCCU